AUUAAGCAUUGUUAGCGAUUGUUCUCAUUUGGAAAUUUUGAUUCAUGAUCUAGCAGGAUUUUAUUCUUUUGUAUUUGUGAUUGUCGAUUCUGUAUGGUGUGAUUCUGUAGCAAUUUACAGGAAAAAUGACGCAAGAUGUUGAUAUGAAAGAACAACAGGUUCCGGCGUCACCUUCGAGCUCUCUUGAAUCUAUGUCUCAUCGCGUUUUGCAGCAUUUUAAAAAAAGAGUUGUUGAACUGAUUGAGGGCGGAGCUUACACUGGUAAAGUUCGUUGGAUUUUGAGAGCCGUUAGCAUUACAAUCGUGUUAAGAUGGCGGUUAAAAGUUUCUGUGAUCUAUCCGUUCCUUAAUUUUGCCCUUACAACUGGAUCGGAAGCACACUCUCGUUUAAUUUCAUUUUUUCCAAAGGAUGAUGAUCAUGAGAUGGAAGUUGAUACUGCAUCAUCUGCAACUCAAGGUACUGUUAAUCACUCCCAUGAGAUGGAGAUCUACUGCUACUUCCUUGUGCUGAUAUUCCUAAUUGAUCAGAAAAAGUACACUGAGGCUAAGGCUUGUUCUUCAGCAGGCAUUGCCAGUUUGAAAAACUCGAACAGAAGAACAGUUGAUGUUCUGGCAUCCAGACUCUACUUCUAUUACUCUCUUUCUCAUGAACUUAGCAACAGUCUCUCUGAAAUUCGUGGUAAUCUCCUUGUUUUGCACCGGGUUGCUAGGUUGCAUCAUGAUGAAUUGGGGCAGGAAAGACUCCUAAACUUGAUACUUCACAACUACCUUCAUUACAAUUUGUAUGAUCAAGCAGAGAAGUUUAGAUCAAAGGCACCACCUUUUGAAGGUCAUUCAAAUCGCCAGUUUUGUCGUUACCUGUUUAAGCAGAAAGGAAUCUCUUCUCCAAGCUGCCCGAAAAGCCCCUGUGGAGAGAUCCCUUGGUUUCCGGGUCCAAUGCAACAAGUGGGCCAUCAUUGUUCGCUACUUCUUGGAGAGAUUCCUGAACGAACCCUUUUUAAGCAGAAAGGCAUGAAGAAUGCAUUGAGGCCUUACUUUGACCUCACAAAUGCGGUUAGAAUUGGAGAUCUGGAACUAUUGAAAACUGUCGCCGAGAAAUUCUCCACCACUUUCACCUCCGACCGAACCAACAACUUAAUCGUAAGACUCCGCCACAACGUCAUAAGAAACAGACUCCGCCACAUCAGCAUCGCAUACUCGCGUAUCUCCCUUGCUGACGUGGCAACCAAGCUCCGACUGAACCCAUUAAUUGCUGAUGUGGAGAGCAUCGUGUCAAAAGCCAUCCGUGAUGGUGCCAUCGAUGCCAUGUUGGAUCAUGCAAACGGGUGGAUGGUUUCUAAGGAAACGGGAGACAUCUAUUCAACAAACGAACCACAAAUUGCUUUCAAUUCUAGAAUUGCCUUCUGCUUGAAUAUGCAUAAUCUGGCUGUACGUUCCCUUCGCUUCCCGCCAAAUUAUCAUAAGGAGCAACAGGUCGAUAGCGAUAGCGAUAGCGAUACAUCCGAUGAAGAAUAUGAUGACGAAUAUUGAUUUGCUUGUAAUACUCCAUCUCAACGUUUUUACUUUUAUACUAAAACUAAAACUAAAUCUGAACUGAUGAUAGAACAGGAAUUGAAUGAUUGAACUGGAAAAAGAAAAAGAUUAGUUCAAGGAUAUACUAACCUAGGCUACUAGCAUUGACCUAACCUAUCUAACAGAAAAUGACCUUAUUGCCCUCACUAACUUUACUUUAGCCGCAACCUAAAGAAAUACACCCAAGACUCGAGCAACAUCUAUUCUUAUUAGAAUAUUAUGUUUUGAAAAAGGUACCCGUUAACAUAAAUAAAAAAUUGUUUUAUAUUUAGAUAACA